AUGUCGACUGCUCCAUCUGCUUCGGUGCCCGCCUCAGGGACUUCUUCCGCACCCAAUAGCGACGUGACUAAAUUAGAACAUUCAAAUCAAAAUUCCCAAGUUCUAGGCUCUGAAAAUAGUGAUGCGCAACAAGUCAAUUGGGAGUCUGAGCUUCAACUUGUAUCAUCCCUAGCGAAACUUCAAGAACUUGAACGGAAAGUCCAUGAGCUACGUCAAUUCCUGCCCGAGGGACUUCUAGAGCCCCUAGUUCCAGAAAAGCCUGCGCCAGAUUCGCCAGCUCAGCUACGCAAUGACUUGGAACAAGCAACUCGCGCCCGAUUAGCUGGAGUCGAGAGCUUUCAGUCUCUUUGGCGCGGCACAGAGAUGAAACCCGUGUGGAGCCACGUGGAAUCUCGUAUCAAAGAGUCCAAUGGCGACCUCAUUCAACCGACAGGCAUGUGGGAAAAGGACUACGAUGUACUACUCAAAGAGCUUAUCAAGACCGAAAAGACAAAAAAAGAAGACAUCGAGCGGGAGCAAGAACAAAUCGAGCGCUCCAAGGCUCAAUCUUCGGAUGGAGAAUGGCAAGCCAUUGUUGAGAGAUUUACUCAGCGGGACGUGCCCGGUAUGCGCGUCGUCAAGGGACAGGAUCCAUUCUCGGUGUCGGCAGUUCUUGCAAAGGCGGGGAUGAUCUUCUCAAUUAAAGGCCUUCAAGAACCCGGUGUUCCAGGUGUCUCUGAAUGGCAGGUGUCCAGUGAACCACCCCCAGGUCGAUCACCGUCAAAACUUCAACAUGCUGUUCAAGAUUGUCUGAACUCGAGAACAAGGAAAUGGGACCUUGCAUUUUUACUGGACAUGGUAUCCUCAUAUGUAGACAUUAAGCAAACGACGUGUGUCAAGUGCAACCGCUUAGCCGACAACUCCGCACAGCUGCCUACUAUCCGCCGGGUACAAUCAACGCAACCAUCGCAGAACAACCCUCCCAUAUUUACAUUCGACACACUCCAUCUCUCCUGCGCCUGA